GUCGUCCGCCACUACAGCGAGUCCGUUCCGUCGUUCAUUCCUGCAUUUGUUCAGAAUCAAACUGCACGCGGUAUAAGCCUGGGAACAAGAUGAUCGACGCUAUCUCGACUAUCAGUGUUUGACCGAAAUUUGCAUCACAAGGACGACGUUUGUUAUGUUCUUAGAAAAUUAUCAGCUAGGGGUUAAUUAGUUCAACGACUAUCUCUUUCAAAUAAGACACUUGUAGUGAUAUCUCUGCACGAACUGAAUGGAUUCUGAACAAUUUAGCGCAACCAGUACAGAUCAUGAAGACAGACCUUCGAAUUUAAACUUACACGACGAACCUUUGCCUCAAGUUCGAUUCAGCAACGACGAAAACAAUAAGCCUGUUCAACUGAUCAGCAUAAAACCACUUGUACAGGAUGAUGUCGGUGAACGAAGAGCAGAAAGCACUGACAAUGAACAAGAAAUGUCAAGGCCAGUUGGUCUAUCCAAAUACAACUGGAAGAAUUUCUUACCAUUUGCACGGAGAGAUCCUUCUAAACCAGCUAUUGAUGAAGCGGGUUUCCUGUCCUUGAUGUUUCUCACCUGGGCAUCUCCAGUCAUCAGCAAGGGUUUCAAGAAGACUCUACAGCUGGAUGAUUUUGAUAAAAUUUCUCCUUAUGAGUCAGCUGAAGUCAACUUUAAACGCAUCACUAGACUAUGGAAUGAUGAAGUCAAACAAAAGGGACUUGAAAAUGCCAGCAUGCACCGAGUACUUUGGAGAGCAGUGCGAACCAGGAUAUCAUUUGGGAUUAUCUUUUUACUUGUAUCUCAACUAGUUAGCUUUCUUGUGCCAGCACUCUUUGUUCGUCAAAUUCUGGAAUAUGUAGAAGAGAAAGACUCAGUAUCAAAAGUGGAAGGAAUUGGUUGGGUUAUUGGGCUUCUACUGGCAGAGCUAACAAGAAGUGUCUUGUUGUCAAUGGCUUUCUUCACAAAUGCUCGCACUGGAGCUAGAGCAAGGGCUAUGGUUCUUACACUGGUUUACAACAAGGUGUCAAAACUGAGGAAUGUGGGAGAUAAGUCUAUUGGAGAGUUUGUCAACUUGUGUGCCUCUGAUGCUGACAGAGUCUACCAAGGAGUAGCACUAAGUAGUUUUGUUCUAGGUUUUCCUGUCAUAAUUGUUUGCACCAUCAUUUACACCAUCAUCUAUAUUGGACCAUCAGCUCUGAUUGGAUGCGGCAUAUUUCUUUGCUUUUUCCCAAUCCAGGCUGUGGUUGGAAGACUUCAAGGCAGAUUUCGUUUCAGAGCAGUUGGAAUCUCUGAUCGGAGGGUGUGCAUGAUGAAUGAAAUUUUGAAUUGUAUCAAGCUGAUUAAGAUGUAUGCAUGGGAGAAAUCAUUUGCUAAAGCCAUAAGUGUGGUGAGUUUAAUGACCAUGGAAGAACUUCAGCCUUUUGUUGAAAGGCCAACAGACCCUCAAGUAUCUCUGUCAAUAUCAGAAGCUAGCUUUGCGUGGGACAAGGUGCAAUCUAAACAGGAAGGUAUGUCACCAAAGGAAAAUGGAGUUGCCGUCAAGGAGGAACAAGAUGAUAUGAAGCUUAUUAACGGAGGGCAUGGCACCAAGGAGACUAAAGUAGCUGCCCAGGGUGGCCCCCUCAGGCGUGGUCCAGCUCCUGUUGAGGUCCAAACCACAAUGGAACCAACAUUGUUUGAUAUUGAUCUGACAGUCAACAAGAAAACACUAGUUGGAAUUUGUGGCAGUGUUGGAAGUGGUAAAAGCUCUCUAUUGCAAGCUCUCUUGGGACAGAUGCGGAUUCAAAAAGGCAAUGUGACGGUUGGUGGAUCAACAGCAUACGUUGCACAACAGGCUUGGAUCAUGAAUGCCACAGUCAGGGACAACAUUCUACUGGGAAAACCUUACAAUGAGGCACGUGAUCAGAUAGUUCUAAUGCUAUGUUGUGUUUUUUCUUUACAGUACUUGAGUCAAUGUGACAUUGUGUUGUACAUGAAAAAUGGCAAGAUCGCUGAGAGAGGGACAUACGAUGAACUCAUUUCCAACAAUGGGGAAUUCGCCACUUUGAUUCGCCUGUUCAUUAGAGACGUGGAAGAGGAGCUAAUGGAGGAAGAGACUGAUGCCUUUAUUCCUGUAUCUGAAGCUCAGCGGCGGCCGGACAGUCCGACCACGCCGCUAACACCCUUAUCAACAGAUGGUAUCAGCAAACUGUUUGAACGGCAGCUGUCAGCGAGUCACAGGAAGGCUUCAAUUCGUGACAGUUUGAGUGAAGGCCACUUUGAGCCGUUCAAACUAAACGACCGGGUCAGCAGACGCUCUCAUGGGAGUGCCCGGCGGCGGAGUCUGAGGAAGUCUGGGUUGGAGGUUGAGGCGGAAGCUAGGAAAGAGGAAGAAGAGAAAAAGAGAAGAGAGGAAACUGGCAAACUUGUACAACAAGAAGAUCGAGCUGAAGGAGCUGUGACAUUGGAGACGUACAAAACCUACAUGAAGUCAGCCGGAGGUUACUGUGUGUUUUUAUUCCUGAUGUUAUUCGUGACAGUCUGUCUGUGUGGACAGUUGUUCGUGGACAUUUGGCUCAGCGUCUGGUUAAAUGCAGCUGCUGAACAGAACAAAACAACUCCUGAGAGAUCUGGCAUCAUCGCAGGCAAUCCGUCAAAUAAUUUCUACAUCCUCGUGUACGUUCUGUCAUCACUGGCCUUCUUCAUAGGCAUCUUGGUGAAAACGUACUUGGUUGUGCAUUUUACUCUGAAAGCGUCUUCGCAACUUCACGACAAAGUGUUUCACAAAGUUUCACGGGCAACUAUGGCGUUUUUCGAUACCACGCCCACUGGGAGAAUCUUGAACAGAUUCUCGAAAGAUCUUGACGAAAUAGAUGUUCAUCUGCCAUUUAAUAUUGACUCAGCUUCUCUGAAUAUUGUGCGUAUUUUGAUUUCAAUUGGCAUGGUCGCCGCGGUGUUUCCAUGGUUUUUAAUCGGUCUGGCCCCACUGAUUGUUAUAUUUGCGCUAAUUAAUCGCGUUUUUAAUCGCUCAUCUCGCCAGCUCAAGCGUAUGGACGGGGUCACACGCUCGCCCAUUUACUCGCAUUUGACAGCCACGGUUCAAGGUCUCUCUACACUACACGCCUACAACAAGAUGGCUGAGUUCAACGCAGUUUUGAAGGAACUCCUAGAUAAGAACACGCGGCCGUUUUUCAUGUUCUUCUCUGCUCAGCGGUGGCUGGCAGUUCGUCUGGACUUGUUAACAAUUUGUAUAGUCACCAUUGCAGGUCUGAUGGUAGUGCUUAUCAAGGGUACCCUCCCGCCGGCUUUCCUUGGUCUUGUGUUGACUUACUCCAUAAGGAUGACAACCUUGCUCCAGUUCACCGUUCGGCAGGUGGCGGAAACGGAGGCGCGGUUCACAAGCGUUGAGCGAAUCAGCUAUUACAUCCGGUCCGUGCCAAGUGAGGCCGAGCCAGAAAUCCCGGAUAAGAAACCUGCACCCAAUUGGCCAGACGGUGGAGCGAUAAGGUUGUCAGGUAUUAAGAUGCGCUAUCGCGAUGGUCUGCCUCUGGUGCUGAACGAUAUCAAUUGUGAAAUCCGAAGCUGCGAGAAGAUCGGUAUUGUUGGAAGAACAGGCUCUGGCAAGUCAUCUCUUGGUGUGUUGGUAUGGCGACUAGUUGAACCCACAGAGGGAACCAUACAUAUUGAUGAUGUUGACAUAACUCAGAUAGGCCUGGAAGAUCUUCGAUCCAGAAUAGCCGUUAUUCCUCAAGACCCAGUGCUGUUUGUUGGAACUGUCAGGUAUAACUUGGAUCCAUUUAAAGAACAUAGUGACAGUGAACUUUGGACAGCUCUGGAGAGGGCACAUUUAAGAGAAAUGGUGGACAGCUUGCCAGCUCAACUCAUGGCGCCUGUCGCUGAAAAUGGCGAGAACUUUUCAGUUGGUGAGAGACAGUUGCUAUGUAUGGCGAGAGCGCUUCUUAGAAACAACAAGAUUUUAUUACUCGAUGAAGCUACUGCCUCCAUUGACCCUGAAACAGACGCGAAAAUCCAAGACACAAUCCGGGAGUCAUUUAAGAACUGCACUCUGUUAACAAUUGCACAUCGCCUGCACACAGUAAUGGACUCUGAUCGUAUUCUUGUCAUGGAUCAAGGAAAGAUUGCAGAGUUUGACAGUCCCGGUGUAUUAAUGGCAAAUCCACAUUCAGUUUUCAGUAAACUCGUACAAGCCACUGAACUAGAGGCCGAGGAUCAUUACCUCAUAGAGUAGAUAUUAUGCACGCAUUGGACGACUCACUGAGUAGAAUCAACAGCUCAUAGAGCGGUUUUCAAUUGAGCGUCGUAAAACCAAAACCAAACCAACUACUAAUCAAUUAGACUACUCAGCCAAU